AUUUAUCAGCAUUACAAAUGGGUGAAACUACCUCAGCAGAUUCCAACUUCUCUUUGGUUAAGUAAUGAUUUCGAGAGAUACAUUUCUUUAAUUUAUUUUUUUGUUCAUCUGCAUUAUUAUAAAAGCGUAAAAGCUCGAAUUGGAGCGUUAAUUCCCUUCUAUAAUAGAUAACCCGUGUGCUCGUGUCCCCUUGGUAUUCGUCCCUUUCCAUUCGCGAUUUCUUGCUUUAGUUUGCUGGCACAAUAUAUCUUUUGCUCUUAUUUAUUACUUCACUUUAUGUCGAGAUCAAUUAUAAGUCUCUUUCCUUAAUUUGAAUUUCGGUUCAUUCUCUUUGUCGUUUAAGCAUUCCAUAUUCCUUUUCUUUAUUAUUGAAGUUUUGCACGUUGUCUGUUUUUAUACAUAUAUAUAUUUUGUUUGCAUCUUAUAAUUGCUGUAUGAAUUUUGAUAUGACUUUGGCUACCGAAAAUAGAAUUGAACAAACCUUGAAUUUCGUGAAUCAAAAGCGUGAUUCGAAAUUGGGAUCGGAGAACGAACCCGUUGUUCAAACGGUGUCAUUAUCCUCCGGAAAGACAUUUGGCCAUUCUCGAAACUCCACUCCAAAUUGUCAACUUGUCCAAGAAAAUUCUCUUGAUUGUCGUGCUUAUGGUGUAAAUUCCCAUCGCGAUCAUCUGCCGUUUCCUAUGGACGAUGACAGUCAUCUAAAUAGGGACUUAAACGUUAAGCUUUCCCUGCUAAGUCUCGAGCAGGAUCAACCAAUGUCCUCUGAUAAUUUGUCACAGCUUGAUUUAAAUCCGGUGCUAUCUAGUUCUGCAAGCUUUAGCGAUGAUGAUGAGGAGUCCUCUCCCACCCAAUGUUCUAGUCAAAUUCCUCGCAGUUCCACAGAUUUAUGUAUGAUGAACAAGAAUCGCAUAAAUCCUUAUAGUCGUAUUUAUCGUCGCAAGGCACCGUCGGAUCCUAAACAUAUUCCUCCUCAAUUUCAUUUUAAAAAACCUACCAAAAAAUUUUAUAAUAGUAUGUAUACUAAGAUGAAACUAAAAAUGUCUGGUUUCCCCUAUAUCAAAAGGCAGGUAUUGUCUUCAAAAGAAAACUUGCCGCGCAAUUCAAAAGAACAGGUAACUUGUUAUAACCAUUCUUCCGAUCUGCGUCAGCUUUGUCAUCUUCGUACCGUUGGAACAAAAUAUAAGCUGGUUAAUAGGGUAAAACCAACUAACAAAAGAAACAUUAUGCUCGCUAAGUAUGGAAGAAUUGGAAAACUUGUUGGGGAAGGAGCUAGCGGUUAUGUACGACUGAUACAAAAGCCCGAUGGUUCUUGUACUCAUGUCGCUAAAGUAUUUCGACCGCCUAUUGACAAAAGAUUUUUACGUCGAUAUGUUCGCUUUUUUAUCGCAGAAUACUCGAUAGCUUCUACCCUUAAUCAUCCAAAUAUAGUAAAGGUUUACGAUAUUAUAUAUGCGAAACAUACUAUUAUUCAAAUUUUAGAACAUACUCCUUUCGAUUUAUUUUCUUUUGUUGUAAAUGGUCAUUGCUUCGCAGAAAAAGCGGAUCAACUAUUUUAUCAAUUACUGCAUGGCAUUGAUUAUAUGCAUUCGGUUGGAUUGGCGCAUAGAGAUGUAAAGCUGGAUAAUUUAAUGUUGGAUAAUGAAUCCAACCUAAAGAUUAUUGAUUUUGGCACUGCUUUUGUUUUCCAUUACCCUCUGGAAUCUACUAUGCUUAAAGCAGAGGGAUUAGUCGGGUCAAAACCAUAUGUAGCUCCGGAGGUUUUAAGUGAUAAACUGUAUGAUCCUCGUGCAGUUGAUGUCUGGUCAUGUGCUGUCGUAUAUUGUUGCUUAACAUUACAGAAAUUCCCUUGGAAAGCUCCAGAUGAAUCCAAUAAAAGAUUUAAAACAUUCUUAAAUCAAAUGAAGAACCCAGCGCUCGAGAUUGAACUGAUUAAUUCUUUACCAGAAAAAUCUAGGACUGCUAUAAAGGGCAUGCUGGAUCCGGAUGCUGAAAAAAGAUGGGAUAUUGCUAGUGUCUUGAACACUUCUUGGAUGAAAGACACGGCUACUAGUCUCAGACAAUCUUAUUAAGAUAAACCGUUAUCAUUUCCCUUGUUUUAAGUAUUUAUUAUGAGAAUCAACUUCAUCUAAGAGAGAAACAUUGGUGCUGUAGAAUUAUUGACUUGUAAUCUCUUGACUUCAUCAUGUACUUGUGCAAAUCGAUUGCUCAAUACCAUGAAAAGUUUGUGCUCUUCUUUAAUGGUUCGGAGUAAUGCUACUAGGUUAAUAUAUCUCUUAUAUAACGACGCUUAAACAUACCAUCAGGGCUAUUGUUUUGAGGGGUGGUCUCUACCUGUUCCAAAUGCUGUUCGAGUUCAGCAAUAGUGGAAGCAUACAAUGCAGUACGCUUAUCAGCAUCGUCAACGAAAUCCUCGAAAUAAGACAUCAAAGGAUCAUUAGAAGUAUAAGGGUAUAUAGCGCCGGGAGUUUUAAAAAGAUCCAAUAUACGAGAGCUAAUUCGUGCAUUCGUAGUGUCUUUUUCUACAAGUUUUUUCGUUGACUCCAUUUCAUCAGAAUCAGUAAGUAGAGCAGUAGAAACGGAAGAUAAGCGCUAAAAUAGAUGGUUAGUAAUUGGCCUUUGUGUCAUUAUUGAAGAAACAUACGCGUUCUACUUCGGCUAUGUCUAAAGGAACAGAGUUAACUAAUUCGGUAACAUCUGAGGACUUUGUCUGCAACUCUUCGGCGAGCUGGAUCUGCGUGAAAAUCUCUUUGCUAAAUAUAAUAGUUAGAUCCUUGCAAUCAAAUUAACUUUCAAAGAAACAUACUCCAUAUCAUCAAGGAAUUUCUGAACGUUCGGAUCAAGACUGGAAUAGCGAGUUGUGGGAUGAAUGGAAGGAGUAGAAAGA